GCGCAUAGAAAACAUCGCUGAUAUCAUAGUUCAGUAAAAAGCUAACAAACAGUUUCAGCAUUUAAUAUAGCAGGAUUGACUCAUCAAACAAAUACAUACGUUCCCUUUGUGGGUCAUUUAUAAUAAGCACUGCUGCUGUAUUCACUGAGGUUUUGUGUAUGUAUGUGUAUAUUUAUAUGUAAAGUUUGUCCCUGUUUUCGUGGACGUUUUUAGAAGGUUGAAUAGGUUACUUUUGAGCAACAACGACUUUCUUCUUUAAAACAAGGAAGGAAUAACUGCUUGUUCUCACUCAGUUGAUUCAUCAUAUGUCCCUCUUUACUUUUCCAAUUUUAAGUUGUUUCAUUGGUAAGAUCGGUUAAAGAUAUGCUUAGAUUUUUUCUCUGAAUCUGUUUUUGGAAGAUUUCACACCUUGAAGCAUAACGAUGGAUUUUAUAACAAUAUAAGAUUGCUUAAAUGUGUUUAGAAUUAUUCAUAUACAAUAUGACAGAUAACAAUACUACCAAUUUGCAUACAACUGCUUCACCCUUCAAACUCAAAAAUCCUACGAAAUACCAUCUGUUGGCAACCCAGCAGCAGCAACAAGGACAGCAACAACUUGAUGAGACCACUUCACUGACACAUGUGCGAAGACCGUCAUUCGUUGAUCCUUUGUCAGUAAUGGAAAGCCAACCUAUGGAGUUUACGGAUUCGUAUACACAACAAUUCCUAUCUCCAAUAUCCAAUUCGUCACCUCUACAAGAUUUCGAUGACAUGGAAUCGAUUUCAGCAACUGGAGGUCGGCAAAUUAUGAUGAUACAGCCAAAUUACUAUCCACAUUUUACUGAAGGAUCACCAUCAGAUUAUUCAUCCUCAGUGGAUGUCUUCUCAAACCAUUCACAUCCCUCUUCUUAUUUGACCGAGUACUACAACAGAAAUCAGCAACAAGACAGUUUAUCUACUACUACAAUGACAGCGUCACCUACUAUGAUUUAUUACCCGAAUAAUAAUAGUAAUAACAAUAGGCUAUCAAUGUCAUCUGUAGGCGGGGGAGAUCCACAUCAACAAGUGUCUUCGUCACCACCACAACAACAGCCAUUUUCAGCACCUGCUCAUAUGGGGUAUGACUUUAUGGGUCAUAUGAGUAACUUAUAUCAUCAUCAACCUCAGCAACAGUCUCCAUUGACAAUGAACAGAAAGAAUAGUGACACCACAACGGUUACCACGACAUUAAAUACUUUGAGUAGCAGCUUGUCUACAUCUAAUGCUGGACAUCACAGCUUGGAAGAAUAUGAAUCAUUUCAGUUAAAUCAACAGUUACUUUUAGAGAAGAAAAGACGUCGAAGAGAGUCUCAUAAUGCAGGUACUUGAUGCCUUUUUUCUAUUUUUAACAUGUAUUGGUGAUAUGUACUCACGCUUUAUCUAAAUUUAAAUUCUAGUUGAAAGAAGACGCAGAGAAAACAUCAAUGAACGAAUUCAAGAAUUAGGUACAAUGUUACCUGAAACAAUGCUAGAAGAAUUAGCUAGCAAUGGUUCAACCGGUACAAAUAAUAAACCUAAUAAAGGCGCCAUCUUGAGAAAAUCUGUCGAUCAUAUUCGACUUUUACAACAAGAAGUAUCAAGUCAUAAGCAACGCAUUUUUGAAUUG